CUUGUUUAUGAAAUGUUGCUAAUUUAACAGGAAGUUUACCCAGGACACUCCUGACCUGCAUUUAAUUUCAUAAUUUGUUAAAAUUAGGUUAAGGAUAAGGGUUUGGUUAGGAUUAAGGUAAGGGUCAGUUUUAGAUUUUGGUCAGUCGUUUUACAGGUCAGGAGUGUCCUUAUCGAGAUUCCCUUAAAAACACACCACUUAGAUACAGCUACGACCAGAAGUGACUUUUUCGUAGCAGGUUAGGACAAUUUACGCAGCAGGUUAGGAUAAUUAACGUUGCAGGUUAGAAGAAUUAGGUUCCUAACCUGCUAUGAAAAGUCACUUACGGCUGUAACUGUAUCGACGUUUCGUGUCCUUAUCUUAUAUACGCUGCCUUUAUCCUGCAACAACUCAACUUCUCUGUUGUGCUCCUCUCAAUGAACGUUCAACAAUGAUCCGGUUAAUGGUAUUCAUAAGAACAGUUUACGAAGAACAAGAACAACUUUUCCUGUUCCUGUUUCGGGGGUGAUUUUGUCUCACUGGUAGGCUACAAUCAACAUUAGGACAAGUCCUCUCUGCCUCUUCUCAAUACAUGGAAGAUAUGAAAGCGUGUUCAACGUGAUAUCCCGUUGUGUCAUUGGGAAAGAUCACUCCUAUGAUCAUCCCUAUGCUGCUGAGAUGGAGAAGGCAUACGCAGAGCUGUACAGGGAGUUCCUCCAACUGCGCUCGCUAUGUCUGAAGCAGGCUGCUCUACUCCAGCAACUCACACAGACACUGAGGAGACAGCAAGGAGAAGCCCCUGUUCCUGAUGGAGAACCCAGCGUAAUGGCAUCAAUCCCAGUCCUGUGCACCCAGGAGGGCCUGGGGUCUCUCCCUUUACGGCCAGAACCCCCAAUGGUCCCAACACACAACCCUGUUGCACACCAAGGCGGUAAAGUCCAAUCUGGGGCCUUGGGCUCAUUCUCUGAUCUCCUGGCAGGGGAUCUGGGCAGACUACGGCUGGACUUUGCUCAUCCAGGGACAGAAAGGAAGGAGGUCCUCAAAGCUGCCCCCCUCAGGCCUCUGGACCUACCUGGGGCUAAUGGAGAGGUGGCACCUUCCAGUGUCUCUGGGGACUCGAAGCAAGCAGGUCGAUUUUGGGGCGAUGAUACGACCCGACAAAUGUUCCGGAUGACCUCGGCGUGUGGCUCCUUCCUGGACAGUGAGUUCCUGAGCCAGACCGGGGGGAUGAUGCUGAUGUCAGAGGUGGCAGUGCAGUCUCAAGUGUGUGACUUCUGCAAUGCUGUGUUCCCUGGCUACACCACCACCAGGGGGGACUUCCUGCGCCACCUCCACACACACAUCACCUAAAACACUGGUUCCCCUAUAACACCACACACACAUCACUUAAAACACUGGUUCCCCUAUAACACCACACACACAUCACCUAAAACACUGGUUCCCCCAUAACACAACACACACAUCACAUAAAACACUGGUUCCCCCAUAACAUGGUAAACAAUCCAUUAUAAUGUUACACAUAAUAUAUGUAUAAUUAUCCUAUGUAGGUAAAACGUCUGUCAUGAAUGUAGUGCUACAUUGAUUAAUACAUAUGGCCAAUUAUCUUCAAAUAA